GAUUUCUUCUAGAAUAUACCGACGAUAGCCAAAGGACGUACUUAUCAAACCAUACCAUAAUACUUUUCUUAGUGUGGCAGACAGGACUUGGCCUGGUUGAUCGACACUGAUUUUUUCCUCCUUGAGGGAGUUGCGAUUCUGCGUACCUAAGGAUUGCACGCACAUUGGGAAGCCAUAACUCUGCAAGCAGCUUGGAUAGAACGACAGAACUUAAACCAUGAAUCCAGAAGACCGCAGAAUGUCGGCGGCGGAACGAGAAGCCAGUCCAGAGAGAUUUGGUAUCAGUCCGGGUCCAGCACCAAACAGAGGAGUGGACUCCAGCAAUAUGGAGAAAGCAGAGAAACGGGAAGCGCUCGAGCGCACAGUCACUGGAAUCAGCACCUCAAGCUCUGGAUCAUCUUCAUUUAGCGUGUCGAUAGAACGAGCAGAAAUCGGAGUGUUGAGGAUGGCCACGCAGCGAGACGAUGUGGACCUUGAACGACAUCCUACAGCCUUAAGCCGAAUUCAGACUGGACGCAGUCAGCAUAGUGCCACAGUGGGACAGAGUAUCAGAUCGCGGACUAGAACGCGACAUGAGACGACACCAUUACCUGCUUUUGGCGCUGGCAAGCCAUAUCCACCAGACCUCCCUGAUCGCGAGGAAUAUGUUGUCGAGUUCGAUGGCCCGAAUGACCCUCUCCAUGCACAGAAUUGGCCUAUGAAAAAGAAGCUCCCCGUUGCGAUCACUCUGGGGUUUGUCACUUUUACCGCAGCGUUCGGAUCAUCCAUCUUCUCAACAGCCACCGGGGUCGUUGCUCAGCAAUUCGGCAUAUCUAGAGAAGUCGGCGUUCUAGGUCUCUCGCUCUACGUGUUGGGAUUUGCAACAGGACCGAUCAUAUGGGCGCCCUCCAGUGAGUUGUAUGGACGUAAAAUUCCACUUUUGCUAUCCUCCUUCGGCUUCUCUAUCUUCAACUUGGCAGUUGCAGUCGCCAAAGACACUCAAACGAUCUUCAUCUGUCGGUUCUUCGCUGGCUUCUGCGGUGCUUGCCCGCUUACUUGCGUCGGAGCCGUCUUCGCGGACAUGUUCUCUAAUCGCCAGCGUGGUCUUGCAAUUACAGUCUUCAGUAUGACCGUCUUCUCGGGUCCCCUCAUGGCACCUUUCAUUGGCGGCUUCAUCGUAACCUCAUACCUUGGCUGGCGCUGGACCGAGUACAUUACGACCAUCAUGGGUUUCUUGGGACUCGGCCUCUCGCUGGUCUUCCUCGAAGAAACCUACCCACCCGUCAUCCUCGUCAACAAAGCCGCAGAUCUCAGAAGAAGGACAAAGAACUGGGGUAUCCAUGCUAAACAAGAAGAAAUCGAAGUCGACCUGCGAGAGUUGCUCGAGAAGAACUUGAGCAGACCGAUGCGAAUGCUUUUCACGGAGCCCAUCGUCCUGUUGCUCAGUUUAUAUAUGGCUUUGGUGUAUGGCUUACUAUACCUCUUCCUGACAUUCUAUCCGAUCGUCUUCCAACAGAUCCACGGCUUCAGUCCAGGAAUCGGCGGCCUGCCAUUCUUCGGCAUGAUCACAGGAGAAAUAUUCGCUGGUGUCUACAUGAUCAUUCUCCAGCCGGGCUAUAAUAAAAAGCUGGCUGCGAACAACAACAUGCCGAUCCCAGAAUGGCGUCUUCCUCCAGUCAUCGUAGGAGGCACUUGCUUCGCUGUGGGGGUGUUCUGGUUCGGAUGGACCGGCUUCGAUCCCUCAAUCCACUGGAUCGCCCCAGCCCUCUCAGGCCUCUUCACCGGCUUCGGAAUCAUGUCCAUAUUUCUCCAAUGUCUCAACUACCUCAUCGACGCAUACCUCAUGUUCGCAGCAAGUGCCAUCGCAGCCAACACAUUCUUAAGGUCAUUGGCAGGCGCAGGCUUCCCUCUCUUCGCAACGCAGAUGAUCCAGGGCAUGGGUGUGCAGUGGGCAGGAACUUUAUUGGGUUGUGUGGCGCUGGCGUGUGUGCCUAUGCCGAUUCUUUUUUAUCUGAAGGGUGCGAAGAUUCGGGCGAGGAGUCACUUUGCUCCAACCUUCCCCGUGGCGGCUGGUGCGGCGAUGGAGAGUAGUGAGCGUGAUCCUGAGAAGGAGCAGUGAUAUUUUAUAAAUGCUGUUAGUAUGGUAGAAUGGAGAGCGAUUUGAUACAAAGUG